CCACACAACCAGAAUUAGGCUUAGAUUGGUGGAUCAAGCAAAUCCAUUGUUUUAAUCGUACAAAAUCCCAAACCCCUCAGAUUCACAGAACCACCAUCACUCCCGCGCCCGCCCUAAUAUCAGACUUGUUGGCACAGAGCAGAGGAGCACGCCGCCACCAAUGGCGUUCGCGGGAAACACUUCCGUUGCCAAGCCUUCCUUUCUCCCCUCUUCUCUGAAACAACGCACUAACCAAAUCCACCUCCCCAUCUUCACCAACUUCCCCAACUCCUCUCCUUACCGUUCCCUUGAAAUCACCAACAAUCUCCCAGACCCCAAUCUUAAACGCCCCACCACCACCACCAGCGUCACCGCAGCCGCCGCCUCGGUCACCGCCACAGUCCCCGCACCCACCACCCCCACAACCACAAACCCAUCUUCCUUCAUUUCCAGAUUCGCACCUGAUGAACCCCGUAAAGGUUCUGAUGUCCUCGUCGAAGCCCUUGAACGUGAAGGUGUUACAACCGUCUUCGCUUACCCAGGUGGAGCUUCCUUGGAGAUCCAUCAAGCCCUCACACGCUCUUCCAUGAUCCGCAAUGUCCUCCCUCGCCACGAACAAGGUGGGGUCUUCGCCGCCGAGGGUUAUGCUCGUGCUUCCGGCCGUCCUGGCGUCUGCAUCGCCACAUCUGGCCCCGGCGCCACCAACCUUGUCAGUGGCUUAGCCGAUGCCAUGCUCGAUAGUAUUCCUCUUGUGGCCAUCACCGGACAGGUACCUCGGAGAAUGAUUGGUACUGAUGCGUUCCAAGAAACCCCAAUUGUUGAGGUUACUCGAUCGAUUACCAAGCAUAAUUACCUUGUUUUAAAUGUCGAUGAUAUACCAAGAAUUGUCCAAGAAGCUUUCUUCCUUGCUUCAUCAGGUCGGCCUGGUCCUGUUUUGAUUGAUGUCCCCAAAGAUAUACAGCAGCAGCUUGUGGUGCCUGUUUGGAAUCAGCCUUUAAAGUUGCCUGGUUACAUUGCUAGGCUGCCGAAAUCGCCGGAGGAGAGGCAUUUGGAACAGAUAAUUCGAUUUAUUUCUGAGUCGAAGAAGCCUGUUUUGUAUGUUGGUGGUGGCUGUUUGAAUUCCAGCGAGGAGCUUAGAAGGUUUGUGGAAAUUACAGGUAUACCUGUGGCCAGUACUCUAAUGGGUCUUGGUGCUUUUCCCACUAGGGAUGAGCUUUCCCUUUCAAUGCUUGGAAUGCAUGGUACUGUUUAUGCAAAUUAUGCUGUAGACAAAUCGGAUUUGUUGCUUGCGUUUGGAGUUCGAUUUGAUGACAGGGUUACUGGAAAAAUAGAAGCUUUUGCAAGCCGGGCUAAGAUUGUUCAUGUUGAUAUUGAUCCAGCUGAGAUUGGGAAGAACAAGCAACCCCAUCUCUCGAUCUGUGCUGACAUAAAACUGGCAUUGAGAGGAAUGAACAAGUUGUUGGAGGAGAGGCAGUCGAAGACUAAGCUUGAUUUUUCUGCUUGGACGAAGGAGCUCAAAGACCAGAAAUUGAAGUACCCAUUGAGUUUUAAGACUUUUGGAGAGGCUAUUCCCCCUCAGUAUGCAAUACAAGUGUUAGAUGAAUUGACAGAUGGGGAGGCAAUUAUAAGUACUGGCGUUGGGCAGCAUCAGAUGUGGGCUGCUCAAUGGUACAAGUAUAAGAUGCCAAGACAAUGGUUGACAUCAGGGGGAUUAGGUGCGAUGGGUUUUGGGUUGCCUGCUGCCAUUGGAGCUGCUGUUGCCAACCCUGAUAAAAUUGUUGUUGACAUUGAUGGUGAUGGAAGCUUCACCAUGAAUGUACAAGAGCUAGCUACAAUUUCUGUUGAAAAGCUACCCGUCAAGAUCAUGCUGUUGAACAACCAACAUUUGGGAAUGGUUGUUCAAUGGGAGGAUAGAUUCUACAAGGCAAACAGAGCUCAUACAUAUCUUGGAAAUCCAUCAAAUGAGUCUGAGAUAUUCCCAAACAUGUUGAAGUUUGCAGAAGCUUGUGGUAUACCUGCUGCUCGUGUGACGAAGAAAAGCGAGCUUAAGGAUGCAAUUAGGAAGAUGUUGGAGACCCCUGGACCAUUCUUGCUGGAUGUUAUUGUACCCCAUCAGGAGCAUGUGUUACCUAUGAUUCCAAGUGGUGGAGCCUUCAAAGAUGUAAUCACCGAGGGCGAUGGAAGAUCAACGUAUUAAUGUUCUUGAGAUGGCAGUGGUGUCUCGGCACUGUUCAGUAAUUCCCUUCUCUAUAACGGGCGAUGGAAGAUCAACGUAUUAAUGUUCUUGAGAUGGCAGUGGUGUCUCGGCAUUGUUCAGUAAUUCCCUUCUCUAUAAUUCAAGCAUGACAGAAGACUUUCAGCAAGUUCUCGCGGGACGGCUAAGAUUUAUUUUUCCUUCUCUCUCUUUUUUCUUCAGUACUUUGUCAUCUUUUCAGAAAUUGGAUGGUUGAGCAGUGUCAGUUUGUUCUUUACUUUGCUGUAUUAACUGCACCUGAUCUAUUAGCUUCUGUGUUCUUUUAUGCUUGAUCACAAAUCAGUACUUUAUGGAAUUCAAUUUGGAUUUGAGUUCUCAAGUGAA